UCAACAAUAUGUUAAAGUUUGUAAUUCUAUUGUCAGCUGUUGCCUGUGCUUUGGGUGCUGCUGUGCCAGAGGGUAUGCUGCCUCAAUUGGAUGGUCGCAUUGUGGGUGGUGUGGCCACUACUAUUAGUGAUUACCCUUGGCAAAUCUCCCUUCAACGUGCCGGUUCUCACUCUUGCGGUGGUUCCAUCUAUAGUUCUAACAUCAUUGUAACAGCUGCGCAUUGCUUGCAAUCCGUUUCUGCUUCUGUCUUGAAGGUACGUGCUGGUUCCACCUACUGGAACAGUGGUGGUGUUUUGGUUAGUGUUGCUGCUUUCAAGAAUCAUGAAGGUUACAACUCUCGCACCAUGGUCAAUGAUAUAGCGGUCAUCAAACUGGCCUCUUCCUUGACUACCAGUUCAAACAUUAAGACCAUUGCUUUGGCUUCCGUAGCUCCUGCUAAUGGCGCUGCUGCUGUAGUUUCUGGUUGGGGUACUACUUCCUAUGGUGGUUUUUCUCUACCCACCCAAUUGAGAGCCGUUGAUGUUACCAUUGUCAGCACCAGUUCAUGCGCCUCUUCUGCCUAUGGUUAUGGUUCGGAAAUUAAGUCGAGCAUGAUUUGUGCCUACACUGUGGGUAAAGAUGCUUGCCAAGGUGAUUCUGGUGGCCCCUUGGUAUCUGGUGGUCAAUUGGUUGGUGUUGUUUCUUGGGGUUAUGGUUGCGCUUAUGCCAACUAUCCGGGUGUCUAUGCUGAUGUUGCUGUUCUCCGCAGCUGGGUUGUCAAUACCGCUAAUACAAUUUGAGAUGUUUUUUUUUCAAAUGAUAUAUAAAUAAAUUUGUAAAAAUAUUA